GUAGAGGAACACAUUUGGAUUAAAAUGAAAUGGAGCUUUGUACUCUCAGGGUUUCAGCGCAAGAAUGGAAGACGAAUUAUUCACAUUUGCUGUUUGUGAAGCUGGAUUGCUUUUUCUGUGAACUUGUCUUUUUACCUUCUCACCUUGUCAGAAAAUUGUGAAAAGCUGCUGGGAUGGUAUAUUUGGGGUAGUUCUUAUCACGGCACAUAGCAGAAACAUUUCCAUGGUUUCACAACACGGGCAGAGUUUCCUAUUUAAUCCUAUCCUCCCCAAGUUAACUCCUUUCCUCUUGUGGUAAGCCAGCCUGUCCACCAACCUGCCUUGCAUCUCACUACCAUCGAUAUUUUCUCUUUGUGAAAAUCUAUCAAUAUUUAACACAGUGGUGUCAGUUUUGCGGUAAGAUGAGAGGAACUACUAGAAACCUUGAAUUAUACAUUGCCUGGCUGGGGGAACCUGGGGAGAGUUUUCUUUUGGACCCAAAGCUCUUGGAGUUGGUCUCCAGGACCUGCAGCUUGAAAUCCUAAUAAUGGAUGAGCAGCAGAAGAAACUCGCUCAGCGGCACGAGGGAAGGCCCCGCAAAGUGAGGUUCAAAAUAUCGUCCGCUUAUAGUGGUCGAGUGCUAAAACAAGUCUAUGAAGAUGGGCAGGAGCUCGAGCCCCCGGCCAAAGAGCGCGCUCGGCAUUUUCUCCGCCACAGCUUUGAGCCAGGGGACCAUUUCUGUGGGGAAACGCCACAAAACAGGUUUUACUCGCCAGCCAAGCUGACUGCCCAGCGGAUCAGCAUAUUCAAAGAGGACAACAAAUACAGUCUCACCAGUAACUCUCCUCUCCUCAGUGACUACCAGGCAAGCGACAGUCAUUGCAGGGCUUCCCCAAUUCUAGACUUUGGCAAGAUCAUCAUCUACACUAAUAACCUGAAAAUCAUCCGUGCACCAAUGGACCAGAAAGAGCUCAUGAGAAGAAUCAUCCAGACUGAGGGAAUAAAUGACUGGGCCUUCAUACACCGAGACAGGAAAGAAAGAUUUGCUGGUGGACAUAAAAAAGAUGUGGGAAAAAAGGUUGCCUGCAACCAGUACGUACAGGAAGGAGAUGCUGAACGCGGUUGUUCCCAGUGUCAAGGGUCAGGCUCUGCUCCUUGCUCACUGUGCCACGGAAGCAAGUUUUCGAUGCUGGCCAACAGAUUCAGAGAGUCCUACAGGGCGCUCCGAUGUCCGGCUUGCAACGAAAGUGGCCUGCAGCCCUGCCAGAUCUGCGCGCCCGGAUCAGGACAGCCAUCCCCACAGCAGGCUACGAGCACCACAGCAACAUUUUGUUGAAAACUUUGAAUUAUUUUACCUUCGAGCAGCCCCGCUAUGAUGGCAAGUUUUUAAAAGAUGGGAAAGGCAUGUUAAACAUAUGUCACUGUAAAAAUGAACACCACAGCCCUGCUGCCGACUGUCCCUCUUGUCUGCUCCAUACACCCCUCCGGCUUUUCAGUCAGCCCAGACCCCAGCUCUGCGGGGGUGACCCUAUCCCCCCCACGCUAGGGGAAACGGCCAGCAUUCCAAAGUUAAGCACCCGUGUAAAUGUCUCUGGAGCUCAGCCUGGGUUUGCUGGCACCGUCCCUCCGCCAGGCAUUUGGCGCCGGGCACGGCCAGGUCCCAGCCCACCAGGCGCUCCAGCAGCAUCGUUAAAAGCAGCAGAAGCAGGUGUCGUUUGGGCGCGUCCGUAGCGUGUCAGCGUGUGGAGUCUGUCUGUAUGACCACAGCAGAGCAGUGCCUCCCCUAGGUUUCAACUUGCUGAACGUUUUAAAAUGGCACAGUCUUUUGUAGUUAACUCUGCAUUUGCCCUGCCGUGUCACAGGCGUUUCCCGAAGAUUUCGCCGGUUCUUACACCUGCUUUAGUGGACACAAUGAUUCCUUUGGGGUCUGAUUUACGGGAAGAAAUUGAAAACCCUUCCCAAACCUGCAGCUAUAAAAAACGUACAAUAAUUUAUUAUUAUAAAUAGCAGUUAUUAAGUUUUUAGCCUCCUUAGGAGGAAGUGCUGAACUAAAAUUCCCCUGUACGAUGCUCAGCACUUUUCAGGAUCAGGCUGGUGGUGAGUCCUUUCUGUUGCUUAAUAUUAAUCCCAUGUUGUAAUCUGCAGAAGGUAAACUCUAAUUAGUUGAGGUGAAGCAAUGAUGUGGGAUACUUUGCAGGCUGCCACUGGUGGCACAGAACACAGGGGCUUCAAGAGGUUGAGGCAAACGGGGGAAACACUACUCUUUCUCCCCCAGGUAUUAACUUACUACAUUUUAUGUUCACGAGUACUGUUAACGCAGUCUUAACUCGCGUAUUACCUCUGAGAUGCUGAUGAGUUAAGAGGCUGCUCACAUGUACUUCAUGCUGAGGUUGCAAGCCCAGGCAGGGUAAUUUAUGGCCAAGUUUCUAUUGUCCUAUGGUAGGUUAUAAGAUUUCUCUGUAAUACUUAAAUGAUUAGAAAUAAUGUCGUUUUAGCUCUUAGACCUCCAUAUGCCUCCUACUGCAAUUGUUCAGUGGCUAGUGAGGGUUUAUUUUUCAAAAGUAAGUGCAUAAAUCUGUAGCAGAUACUUGACUGGCUUCAUUUAUUGUAUCAGGAUCUGCAGU